UCCGGGCGGGCCCUGGCGCCGGGCAUGGAGCUGCAGCUGGAGCUGGAGGAGGCCUUCGUGGCGGCGGGGGCGUUCGGCGCUGGGCAGCGGCGCCUCACGGCGUUCCUGGUGCUGCUGCAGGUAUAUGUGGCUUGUCAGUCAAUGCUUAUUGUGCUUGUGGGAGCUGURCCUGAGUAUCAUAGAGACCAAGAAGGAAUUCUGGUGAGCAAAGCUGAGCUUGCCAAGCAUAUCCAUUUUGCUAGGAAUUUCACAUCCAUCGUAACUGAGUGGUAUCUAAUUGAACAAGAAGCCUACAAAGUAAGCCUUGCAUCAUCUCUGUUUUUUGCUGGAUUGCUCAUUGGAAAUAUCACAUUUGGCCCUUUGUCAGAUAAACUAGGCAGGAAACCAGUGUAUAUCUCGGGUCUAUUUUUUGAUGUCAUUUUUGGGUAUGUCACAGCCUUAGCUCCGAAUUAUGAUGUAUUUGCAAUUUCACGUUUUUUUGUUGGAAUUGUGAAUGGAGGAAUGGCUCUUGUAUCAUUUGUCCUAACACAAGAAUAUGUAGGAAAAUCAUUUUGGUCAUUUACAGGUUCCUUAACUAAUCUGACAUUUGCAGUUGGCAUUGCUGUUUAUGCUUUGCUGGGUUACUGUGUCAGAGAAUGGCGCUACCUUACCUUCCUGUCCAACACCCCGGGAGUCUUCUUCCUCCUCCUUUCUUUCAUGCUUCCAGAAUCUCCAAGAUGGUUGUACUCCCAAGGGAAAAUGGCAGAAGCUGAAGGUGUGCUGCAGUGUAUUGCCCUUAGUAAUGGAAAAGAGAGAUUAAAUCUAAAAUUGAAACCAAGUGCAGGACCUUUGAGAAAGRAUGAAUCAGCAGCUGGGAUCCUGAACUUGGUUAAACACCCUGUCCUUCGGUGGAGAACCACAGUUCUGAUGUUUAUCUGGUAUGUCUGUAGCUUUGUGUACUAUGGACUAACUUUAAACGCUGGUGAAUUAAGAGGAAAUCUGUAUUUAAAUGUAGCUCUUUCUGGUCUUGUGGAAGUUCCAGCAUUUCCUCUCUGCAUGUUUUUUAUUGAGAAAUCCUGGUCUGGCAGACGUAAAACCAUGACGUGUUUUCUGACAUUUGCAGGAUUUGCCUGUAUAUUUACCAUGUUUUUACCAACAAAUGCUGGUCUCCUCCUUGGUCCCACUUUGUUAGCUCUGUGUGGAAAAAUGAUGGUCAGUGCUGCUUUCAACAUCCUAUACAUUUAUACAUCUGAGCUGUACCCAACAGUGCUAAGAAAUGCUGGCUUGGGUGUCUGCUCCAUGUCUUGCAGAUUUGGGGGCAUUUUGGCUCCGUUUGUGCCAUCUAUGAAAUCUCUUAGUCCUUCUGUACCAUUUGUGGUGUUUGGAAUCAGUGGACUGUCAGCAGGAUUCCUGACUCUCCUUCUGCCAGAAACACUAAAUAAGCCGAUUGCUGAGAGCRUUGAAGACCUGCACACUCACAGAUACCAAGUGCUCCAAAAUGAAGAGGCAGAGCAAACCAGUUAGAAGAAAACACUUGAGUGUGAGGCCUGUCUGGAAAAUGAAGCRUGCAUUGAGAAGUUGAAGGGCAGUCUCACCCCAGAUAUCUGACAGGAAACGUUGGAGGGCUCAUGUAUAAUGCUGUUUGUAGCAYGCUCAACACUUUGUAUGUGGAGGCAAAUGGAGAAGAUGGAAUAAGUUGAUCAAAGCUUGCGAGAGAAGAGCUGACAAAUCUGUGCAUUAAUUUAAUGACUUAACAAAAGCACACUUCAGAGGUUUGGACUUCUCUACAGCUYCUUGAAGUGAAGUAUUAAUUUAUUUUACAAAAUGUAAUUGGCAGCUUCAGAUGAAGCGAGAAUGUUGUCAUUGAAGUGAUGUGUAUAAUUUAAAAUUUAGAUGCCUUAUAUAUUCUGUCAAGCUGGAAUUGGGAAAGGGAGUAGCAUCCUGUAUGUGCUGAUUUUCUUGACAGGUUUUUUUUUUUGCCUCGAAAUUACCGUUUAUGCCUCACACUGUGAAGAGACGAAAGAUUUUUAUGUGUUGUUGACCUUCCUAUGUCUAGCAUAAGAAAUCUGAGCAGGAGAUAAGUAAAAUUACAUUGGAAAAACUGCCAGGGCUUGAAGAGGUACAUAUAAAGGAGAYGAUGAGUAACUUCUCAGAGAAAGGUUAUAAAGUUCUAGAUGUACGUGUGGAAUGAAAAAGAACUGAACAUGAAUUACAUAUUGUGUAAUAUAUGUAGUGAUGCAUAAUCCAGUGUAUUUCACAUAGUCARUUGGGAAUUCUUCCUGCAAGGGGAACACUGAUUGGCUAACAGCUAAUGUAUUUAUCUUGGAAUAGAUGCAUCACAAAUGUUACAGGCUUUUUGAUGGCAARCACAAUUUUGUUAUUAAAAAGAAAAAAUUUAAUACCUGUAUUAUGAAUACUGCUUUUCCCAGGAUGUUUACCCAGGUGUUCUCAAAGAAUAUGUGUAUUAUUUUGAUUUUGGCCCUUUAAUAUAUUGAUAGGAAAAGGCUCCUGCAAGGUGUCUGUGUUUUGAGACGUUCCAUAGUUAYAGAAUAGUUCUGCAAUGGAACAAGCACCUGUGGAAGUGUGUGUGCAUUUUUAUACCCAUUUUUUAUGCUCUGCUUGGCUGCCUCACCCAAAUCUGUGCUGUGCCCACGUGUGCUCCACCAGGAGCAUGAGCAGGAGCCUGAGGGGUGAUGAUCAGGUGGUGAUCAGAACAAUGUUUGGGCCAUGUUGACAUGCAGGUGGGAUGGUGCAUUUCCUAAACCUCCAGCAACAGAGCUGGAUGACAGACAAUCAAAUGUGCUGCAGACAUUUAUUUUCUGAUCAUUUAUUUAUUCAUGAGGAUUGCAAUUGAGUUUGGAAUAUUUUUUUUCCCUAACAUUAGUGCCUUCUAUUGCAUUAACAUUUAUAACCAUAGUAACUAUUACACCUCUUCAAAGGYAUAAUUGGGUCAGCAGGGAUAUGGUAAAGACCAAGUUCUGUUACUGUAGCCUUCGKUUUUUUUAUUACAGGAAAUAAAGUUUAAUAGGAAAUAGAAUGAUAUAAAGUUGUAUUCCCAAAGCAGAGACAAGACUCCGGAAAGAAGGAUCAUAAAGGUACUGUUAUGUGUUCGGAGUGAUUUCUCCCUCCUGCACUGCAUCAGUGCAUUUUUCCUCUUCCUUUAAUUCAACAUCAUGUGAAAAAAUGGGAAACAAAGACAAUUUGCAUUUUGAACAUGCUUAUUUCUGCUUUAUUUGACCUGGAAUUAAUGACUUCUUUGCCUGGGGUGACUGUGUGAAUUUGGUGGAUUGAUGACCAGAAAGCUCUGUAUUCCCAAAUAAGUUAACGAUCUUUCCAGCAGCCCUGGCAUGACUCAUGGCACCUGGAGYUCUUUUUAUGAGCCUAGGCCAGUGUGGAAGCUGCUUUGGUACUUUGUCUCCAAGAUGAAAAAACAAAAUACAGACAGAAACAUCSACUUCCAUUUUUUGCUUCUUAAGAUUUCCAUUCAGUUUAACACCUUAUUUGCCAUUUUACGUUAGAUAUCCUUGCUGCCUUUUGGUAUCGGUGUACGAAAUUAUACUCUUCAGGGAAAAAAAUUGUAUUUUUCCUAAUUGGAAAUAAGGACAUUAUUUGCAGCUUUAUUGRUAAUAUUUUUAGUUGGACCAACGUCAUCAGUGCAUUGAAUCUUAAAAGUUAAAAAACAAUUCUGUGUCAUUCAUAACUGUCUGUGCCACAGAAAAUSCAAAAAGGCAGCAUUUUUGGUCAAAUAACAGCUUUUCAGAGUAUGURUCUUCCCUUAAAGCUUUGACUUUGUAGAAUCAGAAAUUCCUCAUGUAGAGCCACUUCUUGCUCUGUGUUUAAUAAGACAAAGCAUUUGGUGGAGGGGGGGAAUGCCCUAAUAAAAUCUUUACUCAGUGUGGGACCAUUAUCUUUUGCUUUCCUUUUCUCUGUAAAAAGAACAAAAGGAGCUUAAUUAAUUCRCGUGGCUUAAUUACACACAUUAGGUCAUAGUCUCCAUCCCUAAGUAUCACUUCUGGCUCUUUCCCUGUGCUUUAUUUGUGUGUUGAAAUUUGAUUGUAAUGUCACAUCUGCCCUGUUCAUCUAUUUUUGCAUUAGAACAUCUUCAGUGUUUUAGCACUUGRUUGUGAAAUUGCCUUUCUUUCCUUAGCUGUUUUUAAACUGAUCUGAAGGCUUUAUUACA